GGGAGGGCUCUGUGUGGUGGUCAUUUUUGACACGCCUUACCCUCUUAUUUGAUAAACUCAUGCCACCCAAACCCAAGGUAUCUGAAUUAGGAGAGAAAGCUGUGGAAUUCAGGGUCUCUGGGAACAGACACACUUAUUAGCUAAGUCUAGGCUCUGAACAACAGUUCAUUUUUACUGUUUAUGUCACACACACAGAGGAGUGCUGCCAGCUCAGUAGACAGGGCAGGUACUAGAUGACAACUGGGGUGUGGGGGGUGGGACCAGACUGGCUCACAGCCCUGAGGAAGACAAAUCCUUUCAGAGGGAAGCCCCAGUGCUCACUGAUUUUUCUCGCUGAUUUGCUCUCAGUACUUUAUAGGGGAGCAUGGGAUUUCUGAGGCGCAGGGAGCUUAAUUAGGCCAAGCUAGUGAGGGUCAUAUUUGUUCCAACUUACAGAAUUUUCCAGAUGCUGUGAGAAAUGAGCUAGGAUUCUCUUCUGGAAUGUUCAUUCUCCAAAUGCUACAUCUUGCAGCCCUGGCAACCAGUGAGCCUGCCCUUGUGGGGUGGUCAGCUGCCAGUCUCCUCCUGCCUUAUUUUCUCCCUGAGAGCUAAACCCUCCAUGUCUCCCAAACCAAACUUUUAAAGUACUGAGGAGAGAAAGUACUCUUGUUUAUGUUUAACCUCUUUAUUCACUAGUUUUUUUUAAAAGGUCAGUUUGCCAGGGAUGUGUUUCUUUAUGCUCAUUCCCUUAGCAAGUUCUUCCUGUAGUAGGCGGAGACACUUCCCUGCCUUGGAGAGCACUGGUAGGAACCGCAGUGGAGGCACAGUGCACACCCAAUUCGGUCAAGCCAGGAAGAGAAACAGCACACAUUUUAACCCAUUUUUUCCUAUGCAGAGAGCAAGUCCUCAUCCAUGAACUCAGCCUCCUCCAUGAGGGUCCCUGUCUUCUACUUUCAUGGGAGGCAGUUAGGGGUCCAAGAUUCCCAGCCAACAGGGUAUCGAGUGGUGUAUCCAUUCUAUUCUGCACACUUUGACUGAGCCUUCUCUGACCAUGGUUUAUGUAUGGCUCUGUCAUUUUCUCCUACUCCUCCUCUGUAUUGCCUAUUUGUCUGGUCCUCUGCUGCAAAGCAAAUUCCAAGACAGCAGGAAUGUGGCCCUUGCCGACAUCACUCAUCUCAGAAUUUGUCAGCUUGUGAGGCGAACCUUUUCCUCUUGACAUGCAGUCUUCUCCUCCCUCCCUGCCGGUCCUCACUCAAGACAAGCCCUCUCCGUGGGUCCCUGAGCCACACGACCCACACGCGGCCAGAAAGGCCAGCGAACACAACCUCUAGCUAGCUAUAUCGGACGGUAUGCAGGCAGGUCUGAGUGGGCCACAGGGCUUGCCUUCCAAAGCAGGCUUUAAUGGAGGCCAGUCAUACGCUUUCAAGGGCUCCUGGAGGCCAAUCCCAAGGACUAGGUGGGUUUUGUUGAUACCAUUCUCAAAAUCUUCCAGUCGGUGGUGAGAAAUUAGAUGGGUAUGUUGGACUAACAACAGUAGACAUCUUGCUGGGGCUGAAUUGGUACUUUUCUCAGAAGAAAGUCAGUUCCUGCUUAGCAGUGAAGAGCAUUUGCACCUGAGAAAUACUUUUUGCAUCUCCGGAUGCUCGGCGGUCCUCUGGGGUAGGGGAAGAAAAAAAAAAAACCAAAUACAUCUGGACAGAUGAAAGUAUUUUAAAACAACCCUUCCUGUCUCUGCACAAGGCACAGCAUUGGCGUUCAGAGGGCAGCAGGGCUGCGCCCCCAUCCCUCGGUCCGCGCAGAAGGGAGACGGCUUUCCGGGCCUCGCUUCCUGCACCCACUCGGGACUAAAAAAGAACACGAACAACUUUUUUUUUUUUUUUUUUUUUGGUCCCUCUCUUGCAAAAACGCUCGCGUAACCAGCUCGCUGAAGUAACCGCUCCGGGGGCGGCCGGGUGUGUGUGUGUGUGCGUGGGGCGCGGUUCCGGAGCCCCACGGGCACGAGCACCAGCGCCGGCGGCUGCGAGGAUGCCGGACCAGAUCUCCGUGUCCGAGUUCAUCGCCGAGACCACCGAGGACUACAACUCGCCCACCACGUCCAGCUUCACCACGCGGCUGCACAACUGCAGGAACACCGUCACGCUGCUGGAGGAGGCUCUAGACCAAGAUAGAACAGCCCUACAGAAAGUGAAGAAAUCUGUAAAAGCAAUAUAUAAUUCCGGUCAAGAUCAUGUACAAAAUGAAGAAAACUAUGCACAAGUUCUGGAUAAGUUUGGAAGUAAUUUUUUAAGCAGAGACAACCCUGACCUUGGCACCGCUUUUGUCAAGUUUUCUACACUCACAAAGGAACUGUCCACGCUGCUGAAAAAUCUGCUCCAGGGUCUGAGCCACAAUGUGAUCUUCACCUUGGAUUCCUUGUUAAAAGGAGACUUGAAGGGGGUCAAAGGAGAUCUCAAGAAGCCAUUUGACAAAGCCUGGAAAGAUUAUGAGACGAAGUUUACAAAAAUUGAGAAGGAGAAAAGAGAGCACGCAAAACAGCACGGGAUGAUCCGAACAGAGAUAACAGGCGCUGAGAUUGCAGAAGAAAUGGAAAAGGAACGGCGGCUUUUUCAGCUCCAGAUGUGUGAAUAUCUCAUUAAAGUAAAUGAAAUCAAGACCAAAAAGGGUGUGGACCUGCUGCAGAACCUUAUAAAGUAUUACCAUGCACAGUGCAAUUUCUUUCAGGAUGGCUUGAAAACGGCUGAUAAACUGAAACAGUACAUAGAAAAGCUGGCUGCUGACUUAUAUAAUAUAAAGCAAACCCAAGAUGAAGAAAAAAAACAGCUAACUGCACUCCGAGAUCUAAUAAAAUCCUCUCUGCAACUUGAUCCGAAAGAAGUAGGUGGUUUAUAUGUUGCCAGCAGGGCUAACAGUUCUAGAAGAGACUCUCAGAGCCGGCAAGGUGGGUACAGCAUGCAUCAGCUCCAGGGCAACAAGGAGUACGGCAGUGAAAAGAAGGGCUUCCUGCUGAAGAAGAGUGAUGGGAUCCGGAAAGUGUGGCAGAGACGGAAGUGUGCGGUCAAGAACGGGAUCCUGACCAUCUCCCACGCAACUUCCAACAGGCAGCCUGCUAAGUUAAACCUCCUCACCUGCCAAGUGAAACCGAAUGCUGAGGACAAGAAGUCUUUUGACCUGAUAUCACAUAAUCGAACAUAUCACUUUCAAGCAGAAGAUGAGCAGGAUUAUAUAGCGUGGAUAUCAGUACUGACGAAUAGCAAAGAAGAGGCCCUAACCAUGGCCUUCCGUGGUGAGCAGAGCACAGGGGAGAAUAGCCUGGAGGACCUUACCAAAGCCAUCAUCGAGGAUGUACAGCGGCUCCCUGGGAAUGACAUCUGCUGUGACUGCGGCUCAUCAGAACCCACGUGGCUUUCAACCAACUUGGGUAUUUUGACCUGUAUAGAAUGUUCCGGAAUCCAUAGGGAAAUGGGGGUUCAUAUUUCUCGCAUUCAGUCUUUGGAACUAGACAAAUUAGGAACUUCCGAACUCUUGCUGGCCAAGAAUGUAGGAAACAAUAGUUUUAAUGAUAUUAUGGAAGCAAAUUUACCCAGCCCUUCACCAAAGCCCACCCCUUCAAGUGAUAUGACCGUGCGUAAAGAGUACAUCACUGCAAAGUAUGUCGACCACCGCUUCUCCAGGAAGACCUGUGCCUCUUCCUCAGCAAAGCUGAACGAAUUGCUUGAGGCCAUCAAGUCCAGGGACUUACUUGCAUUAAUCCAAGUCUAUGCAGAGGGGGUGGAGUUAAUGGAGCCACUGCUGGAACCUGGGCAGGAGCUCGGGGAGACAGCCCUUCAUCUUGCCGUCAGGACCGCAGACCAGACAUCUCUCCAUCUGGUUGAUUUCCUUGUACAAAACUGUGGGAACCUGGAUAAGCAAACGUCUGUGGGGAAUACAGUUCUGCACUAUUGCAGCAUGUACGGCAAGCCGGAGUGUCUGAAGCUGCUGCUUAGGAGCAAGCCCACCGUGGACAUCGUUAACCAGAAUGGAGAAACUGCCUUGGAUAUAGCAAAGAGACUCAAAGCUACCCAGUGUGAAGAUCUGCUUUCCCAGGCUAAAUCUGGAAAGUUCAACCCUCAUGUCCACGUAGAGUAUGAGUGGAAUCUUCGACAGGACGAGAUGGAUGAGAGCGAUGACGAUCUGGAUGACAAGCCAAGCCCGAUCAAAAAGGAACGCUCGCCCAGACCACAGAGCUUCUGCCACUCCUCCAGCAUCUCGCCACAGGACAAGCUGGCACUGCCAGGGUUCAGCACUCCACGGGACAAGCAGCGGCUCUCCUACGGAGCCUUCACCAACCAGAUCUUCGCCUCUACGAGCACAGAUUUGCCCACAUCACCCACCAGUGAGGCUCCCCCUUUGCCACCUCGGAACGCCGGGAAAGGUCCAACUGGCCCACCUUCAACACUCCCUCUAGGCACCCAGACCUCUAGUGGCAGCUCCACCCUAUCCAAGAAGAGGCCUCCUCCCCCACCACCAGGACACAAGAGAACCCUGUCUGACCCUCCCAGCCCACUACCUCACGGGCCCCCAAACAAAGGCGCAAUUCCUUGGGGUAAUGAUGUGGGCCCAUUAUCUUCAAGUAAGACGGCCAACAAGUUUGAGGGGCUGUCUCAGCAAGCAAGCACCAGUUCUGCUAAGACUGCCCUUGGCCCGAGAGUGCUUCCUAAACUACCUCAGAAAGUGGCACUAAGGAAGACGGAGACCAGCCAUCAUCUCUCCCUCGACAGAACCAACAUCCCACCUGAGACUUUUCAGAAAUCAUCACAGUUGACAGAGUUACCCCAAAAGCCACCACUUGGAGAGCUGCCCCCGAAGCCUGUGGAACUGGCCCCCAAGCCCCAAGUUGGAGAGCUGCCACCUAAGCCUGGAGAGCUACCCCCUAAGCCCCAAUUAGGUGACCUGCCCCCCAAGCCACAGCUCUCAGACUUACCUCCCAAGCCACAGAUGAAGGACCUGCCCCCUAAGCCGCAGCUGGGGGAUCUGCUGGCAAAGUCCCAGGCUGGCGAUGUCUCAGCCAAGGUGCAGCCACCCUCAGAGGUCACACAGAGGUCACACACCGGGGAUCUGUCUCCAAAUGUACAGUCCAGAGAUGCCAUCCAGAAGCAAGCAUCUGAAGACUCCAACGACCUCACACCCACGCUGCCAGAGACACCCGUACCACUGCCGAGAAAAAUCAAUACGGGGAAAAAUAAAGUGAGGCGGGUGAAGACCAUUUAUGACUGCCAGGCAGAUAAUGACGACGAACUCACAUUUAUUGAGGGGGAAGUGAUCAUUGUCACCGGGGAAGAGGACCAGGAGUGGUGGAUCGGGCAUAUCGAAGGACAGCCUGAAAGGAAGGGUGUCUUUCCAGUGUCCUUUGUCCACAUCCUGUCUGACUAGCAAAAAAGCAGAACCUUCUGUCCGUCCGUCCACACCCUUCAUGCCAGACCGCUGUCUCCAUGUAAUCCUGUGUACAACAUGUAUAUAGCUGCUGUUACAGACCAAGAACUCAUGGAAGGGCCACUCAGGAGGGGAAUAUAGUAUGUAUUGUAAAUAUCCUGUGGUCUUCUGCCUUCACCAGUAUUAGGGUAACCUCGGGACCUGGUGCGCCUUACCGGUUUGCCAAAGCCAUCCUUGGCAUCUAGCACUUACAUCUCUCUGUGCUGUUUUAUGAGCAAACAAAAACCAGGAGUAUAGGAACUGCUGGCUUUCCAGGUGAGGAGUCUCCAGCAGCCGUCGAAGGGUGCAGUACCGACUCCUAACAAUGCAGUAUUCUCAAUGGCGUUACUGAACGUGCGACAUGAGCAGAGGUGGGUUCUGCGCUCCCGGUGGAACGUAAAGUUAGUCCCUGGCCAGCCAGCCUGUAGUUAUCUGUGUACACAGUUUACAGCUACAAAAACCUACUUUGGUAUUUAUUACAGAGAAGUGUUCAGUUACUCGUGUUAUUCCUUCAGCAAAUACUCACUGACACAAAACCCUCUGCAGCAUUUUCCAGCAUAUGCAGCCUUGUGCAAGUUUAGAUGAGUGGGUUUGUACAUCUUAUGGCGAGUGGCCACCCCUGAGAUAUUACCUCAUUAUGCAGAAGUAACAUAUCCUUCAUGACUAUUUUGACAAAAGCUUAAAACCAUGUCUGAUGAAGUCCAACUUUCAGGAACCAAGGACUGCCAGAAACUCUCUGCCUCUACGUUAUGCAUGCAUCUAGACGCUUACCCGAAUUCUGCCUUUUAUAAAGGAACAAACAGGAUGAAGAAGUGAACUGUACAGUUUUAAACUUGAUUGCCAUUAAAGCAGAAGUUACAAGAUUGCAACAAUGCUUGUUUCUGGUCACUCAUUUGGCCUUUUCCACAGUGUUUGCACAUGGUGUGGACGCAGCACCCCCAGCGGUGUUGAAAAGCGUCUAAGGGGUCAGUUCGACAUGAUUUUCUUCACUUUGUUCUUGAUUAAGCCUUGACUAUUCAAGUUGGAAAACUUGUAAAGUCGGUCUUUCCGUUUUCUCGUGCAGACCAGGUGCUGAUCUCACGCUUUUCUCCCUCCUCUUCUCUUCCUUAAACUCCAAUGCUGGAGUAAUUUCAUACCCUCAACUUAGCCAGUAAACACGUGCCCUUCAGGUCAGUUUAUAACCGAGCUGUGGGACGCUGCUAUGAAUUGCACUGUGAUAAAGCUCUCUGCAAGCCAUCUCUGUCUGUCUGUCUGUCUCUGUUGUUGCUUGUGUUUUGAUUCUUUUCCCUCUGCCCAUUCAGCACAUUGCAUCUCCACCUUUGGCUUCAGAGUGAGUUUGGGGAAAGGAUGCAGUAGCUGUUUUACUCCUGGGUCCAGGACUGUUGUGAUUCUGAGGUGUGCUGUCAUGCCAUGUCACAUUUGAGGUGUGCUGUCAUGCCAUGUCACAUUUGGUUAAGUUCAUUUUGAGCACAGCACAGAAGAAAAUACUCUUAAACAGAUAAUCUUGGCAAUGAAUAAAAAACGCACUGAUUUCACAGAAGCAGAGUUCCCCCCAAAGCUUGUGGGAAGGGCCACGGUGCUCAGUAAACACUCAGUUCUGCCUAGCGGAGACAGUGAGAACUCUGAAUAGCCACCCAAGAAAUAACCUUGCAGGACAAACCUGCAAAAUGCUCCAUCAGCUGCUACUGGGAACCGAUCGUGAGCAAUUGCUUCCGUAGUGUCUGGACAUCCGGGUACCCGGGCAUCAAAUCCAGGAGCCAAAGGUGCCUGACAGCACGCUGGUGUAAGGCCGGCAGCACCCGGCAGCCAUGGUUUAGAGGCCGUAAUGGCUUCUGGAAUGUGGUAGUGAUCAUUUUGUUCACACGUUCUUAAGAUGCAUCGAAGUUGCAUUUUGGAGGUCUAGGCUGUCCCCUGCUGAUUUGAACAUAAGCUGUUGUUUUAGAUAAGCAAGUUCCAUCUCUAAAAUGACAGGGAGUCGUUGUUCUCUUCUGCUGCCUGCAGGGACUCACACAAAUGUAUGUUCAUCUCUUUCUUUUCUGGUUUUUUGUUUGUUUCCCAUCAGGAAUUUGAGUUUCCUUCACUCCAUCGUACUGUGGGACAUAGGAAAACUAGGUAGACAUUCCUUUGGCAAUCUUGUUAAGUUUAAAUCUGACCUUGUUCUGGAACGGGGUAAGCCACUAUCUACAGUUUUGUACAUGACAUAAUUAUUUUGAACGUAUGCAACCUUAAGAAAGAAAGAUCAAAUUCAUUCCUUUUUUUCCCCCCAAGAAGGGAAAAAUUAUGUCUGCAAACAGUGUGUCUUAUUUUCCUGUUGGACAGCAAUUGUUAUUUAUUUUUUUAUUGCCUACUACUUGGACAUGGUAUCUAGGAGCCCAGUCAUGCCUGCCACUAGUUAAAUCCCACGUUCAUACCUGGGAGUUACCAUGAAGCAUCAGUACACUUUUUAUUUCACAUGUAUUUAAUGUGACAGUUUCUCAGUACUGUAUGUGUUAAUUUCUACUUUUUUAAUAUUUAAAAUUGCUUUUAAAUAAACAUAUUCUCAGUUGAUCCCAA